UCAUAUCCACUCCUCAAACAUCUUUGACAAAGUAAGCUUGGCAGUUUCCUUCCUUUUCACAAUAAACGACAUACUACACACUCAAAAUAGAAUUCAGAGCUGCCGGAUAUAGAAAUACAGAGAAAAUAUGAUAUCUUUUCUAUUGAAUCGCCGAGUUUUUGGUGCCUACAAGAUUUCCCUAAGACUUGUUCGAGCUCGCAGCAACUUAUCGGAAGUAAAGAAGUUUCAAGAUGCCCUGCAACUCGCUGAUAAGAAGCUGGUGAACAUUUUCGGAUCUUCUAGUCCAAAAGACGUGAAGAAAAACCUACCAUACUACACUGAAAGCUCAAUUCCACCGAAAAUAUCUUAUAUUACGAGCGAAGAGAAUCUAAUCAAAAAUGAUAACGACGAUUUACUGUCGGCUGAGCAGCGAGCAGCCAGGAGGGAAAUCUAUGAGCCCACCAAAGUGGAAUGCCCAAAGUUUCCCACCGAGAAACUGCCAUCCACAAAGAAAUUUCCCAUCAAUGAGAACGUGGAAAAAGAACCAGAUCCUGCUGAGAAAAGGGAACAGGAAGCCAAGAUGUUGAAGAGGCUGAAGGACAUCACUAAAAGAAAGAAGACUCAGCUGGAGGAGAAAGUGGACGGGCAGAGAACUGAAUUUAUAGGUUUGGAUUUUAUGGGAAUGAAUAUGAAAUGUGUGCAGAUGGAAAGAAAGUCUUCCAUGAUUCUGCAAGGGAAGGAACCAACUCCUCCUAAAGGGCCUGCUCCACCACCCGCUGGAGGCUCCCCUCCUCCGAAGAGCGGGGCUCCACCGAAGGGCGGGGACUCUCCACCUCCCAAGGCUCCUCCGCCCAAAGGUCCGCCGCCUGGAACUCCGCCACCCCAGACUAAAACCACUUUUGGCCCUCUUGCCGAUGCUGAUCGCAUCUUUACCAACUUAUAUGGACGCCACGACUGGCGCUUGAAGGCAGCUAUGAAGCGGGGCGAUUGGUACAAGACGAAGGAGAUCCUCGAAAAGGGUGAUAAGUGGAUAGUGAACGAGAUAAAGACGUCCGGACUGCGAGGUCGCGGUGGCGCCGGAUUCCCCAGUGGCCUCAAGUGGUCAUUCAUGCACAAGCCGCCCGAUGGCAGGCCCAAGUUCCUGCUGGUCAACGCGGAUGAAGGCGAGCCGGGCACUUGCAAGGAUCGCGAGAUAAUGCGUCACGAUCCGCACAAGCUGAUCGAGGGAUGCCUCAUCGCGGGAAAGGCAAUGGGGGCCAAUACCGGAUUCAUUUACAUAAGGGGAGAGUUCUACAACGAGGCCUGUAAUCUGCAGUACUCCAUCAUAGAGGCCUACAAGGCGGGUUAUCUGGGCAAGAAUGCGUGCGGCUCUGGAUUCGACUUCGAUCUCUAUGUUCACCGGGGAGCGGGAGCCUAUGUUUGUGGCGAGGAGACCUCGCUGAUCGAAUCCCUGGAGGGCAAGGCGGGCAAGCCGCGGAACAAGCCCCCCUUCCCGGCGGACAUCGGCGUCUUUGGCUGUCCCUCCACGGUGACCAAUGUGGAAACGGUGGCCGUCGCCCCAGCGAUUUGCAGGCGAGGUGGCAAGUGGUUCGCCAGCUUUGGACGUACCCGCAACUCCGGCACCAAGUUGUUCAACAUCUCCGGCCACGUGUGCAAUCCCUGCACCGUCGAGGAGGAGCUGUCCAUUCCCACGAAGGAGCUAAUUGAACGACAUGCUGGUGGAGUGAUUGGCGGCUGGGACAAUCUCUUGGCCAUCAUUCCGGGCGGCUCCUCGACUCCCUGUAUCACCCAAGAGGAUGCCAGUAGUUCCAUCCACGACUACGAUGGAAUGAUGGCAGUGCGAUCCUCCUUGGGCACCGCCGCUUUGAUUGUGAUGAACAAGGACACGGAUAUGAUCAAGGCCAUUGCCCGCUUGUCGGCCUUCUACAAGCACGAAAGCUGCGGCCAGUGCACCCCAUGUCGCGAAGGUCUCCACUGGGUGAACAUGAUCAUGCAGAGAUUCGUGACAGGGCGGGCGCAGAUCGCCGAGAUCGACAUGCUGUGGGAGCUGACCAAGCAGAUCGAGGGCCACACCAUUUGCGCCCUGGGCGAUGGUGCCGCCUGGCCGCCCCAAGGACUCAUCCGCCACUUCCGUCCGCUCAUCGAGGCCAGGAUCAGGAAGCGGGAGGCCGAAGAGCAGGCAGCCGCUGAAGCCGUCGCCGCCGAGCGUUUCCCCUGUCAAACGGUGGCUCCUUGCCCAGAAUAAAGCGUGCCCACUGCGGUGACUACUAUGCA